CCUAUUCCAUCCUCUGGAACCCCCAACGCAUUGUUUUCUCAGUGGAUGGAACUCCAAUUAGGGAGUUUAAGAACAUGGAGUCAAAGGGUGUUCCAUUCCCCAAAAACCAAGCAAUGAGAAUAUACUCAAGCCUGUGGAAUGCAGAUGAUUGGGCCACAAGGGGAGGGCUUGUUAAGACAGAUUGGGCCCAAGCUCCUUUCACUGCUUCAUACAGAAACUUCAAUGCCAAUGCAUGCACUGUGUCCUCUGGAACAUCAUCUUGUGCCUCUUCUAAUACUAAUAACAAUGCUUGGCUCUCAGAAGAGUUGGAUUCCACUAGUCACCAGAGGCUCAACUGGGUGCAGAAGAAUUACAUGAUCUACAAUUACUGCACUGACACUAAAAGAUUUCCGCAGGGCCUUCCUCCAGAAUGCAACACACCCUAAAAAUUUUCAAUUUCCCUAUCAUCCAUCCAGGGUCCACUUUUUCCUUGUCUUUUCGAUUGCCCUAUUCUUCUCUAUUGUAAUUUUAACCACGUUAAAUUCUUUCAUUCGUUUUAUAAAUCUUGUUAUAAAAUAUUCGAUUUAAAUGCUUUCAUCUUC